AUGGCUAAACUGAACCGUGAGAUCACGCUUGCGGCGAACACUGGCUCGGACACGCUGCAGGAGGUCAUCUCCACUCAUGCGCAGAGCUUCAAUGCAAUCAAUGUCGCAACUGCACUCCAUCGACUUUCCCGCUUGCAUCCUUCAGACAACGUGGCAAGAGGCCCGCUGGUGCAGAGUGCAUCACUUCAAGUGUUGCUGUUGAGAACUGUGGAAGUUCUUCGGCAAACAACCACGGAAUGCGAUUCGAAGGCAGUUUCUACUAUUGCGUAUUCUUUAGCUGGGUUGGGUGUAAGAGAUGCCGAUGUUGCGAAAAGUGUUGUAGAAGCCUCGCUCAAAAGGCUGUCCGGUUUUGAUCGUCAAGGUGUGGCAAACCUGACAUGGGCUUUGUCGAAAUUGCCAAAGGUGGAGAAGCGAGCAAGCCUUGCAAGAAAGCUGGCUCUUCUUGCUCGAGACCUUGUCUGGCAUUUCCUGCCUCAGGAACUUUGCAACGUUCUGUGGGCGCUGUGCAAGCUCGGGGUGCGAGACAACAAGCUGAUGUCUUUGGCAAGCGAAGCUGUGCGAGGCAAUCUUGAACGCUUUACACCGCAAGGGCUGUCCACCCUGGCUGCCGCCUUUGCCCGUGCGGGCGUGUUUGUAGAGGCACUAUUGGAUGAAAUUGGUGAACAGGCUCAGGCACGGGUCAUGGAGUUCAAUGUUCGCGAUGCUGCGCAACUUGUCUGGAGUCAUGCCAAAUUCAAGCUGUGCCGCGAGCCAUUAUUACAGCAACUGUGCAACCGUGCUGCUUCUCUUGUCGAAGGCGAAGGUGCCGAGAUUGUCGUCUCCUUCCUCUGGUCCUUCGGCACGCUUCGCUGGGUGCCGGACAAAAGGUUCAUGAAGUCGUUGGCGUCCAGGGCAAUAGCGCUGGUGCCAAAGCUUGGUGCACAUCGCAGCGUGCGAUUGCUGACUGCCCUUGCGAAGCUCGCUUUCCACAAAAGCAGCCAGCUGACUUGCUUGACUGAGAGUCUUCAGGAAAGCCUAGAGCUGCUUCAUCCGCGAAUGGGUGCUCAAGAAGUUGGAAUCAGCGCCUGGGCCCUGGCAACUUUGAAGCCGCGAGGCUGGAAAAAACUCCUCGGGAAACUGGUUUCUCGAGCAUCAGAUGACGAAGUGCUGCCUGACUUAACUUGGUGGUCCAUAGCACACUUGGAAUUUGCGAUCAGGGCUGCGUUGCAGAAGGCGCCCAACUGCAAGCCGCUUGCAGCUGCUCCUGAGUUAUUACAACUGUUAACCCAUCGGUGCGAAGAGCAAGUCGAGCAGAUCCAAGAAGCAAGCCGUGUUUUUCAAGACGCCCCUCUGGUUGCUGCUGCAGCUUGCGAACCGUGGGGGAGGUUCAAGUGUGCAAGUGGAAAAACUGCCCUUGUUUUUGGCCCUGGGCGCCACGUUCGCCGCUCUCUGCAGAGAAGCGGCUUUCAAGUGACGCAGUGGUACCGCUAUGCGUUGGGCAUGAAAAAAGCACAAGCAUGGCCUCCUUCUGGUGUCUUCGAUGCCGCGGCAAUGAAGUACCCCGACUCUUACGAAGCCUUCGAGUAUGCCUUACACGCUGUAGCUGCAUCUUUGCCUCUAGGGGCUCCAACCUGGGUCUACGGAGAUGUGCAGGAAGGGGUUCUCAGCACAACCAGGGCAAUCAAAGGGCUAUUCAAACUGUUAGAGAUACAAGAGGAUGGAGAUGCCAGGGUCGUGUUUUUGAAGAGAACCAAUGGGCAGGCUCGUGCUUGCCUGGAGUCUUGGUUCAAAGAAGACACAGUGACCCUCGCUACAACUGCUCGCAAGUGGUGGUCAAUGCCAGGGCUUUUUGCAGGUGGCUUUGUAGACGUGAUGUCGAGGUUUCUGUUGGACACUAUGGAGAAGGUUUGGAACACUGAGUCCUCCGAGAGGCCAGGAUGGUCCAGCUCGCGGCAAUGCAAAGUACUUGACUUCGCCAGUGGGACCGGGGUGCUGGCAGCAGGGCUAUCAUCACUGCUUCCUGGCAAGAAUGAACUGUGGCUGAUAGAUGCUGAUUCAGUAGCACUGCAGGCUGCCAGCAAGAAUUUGCCAGAUGCCCAUACAGUGUUGGCUGACGGUUUCAAGGGCGUGCAGACUGCAGACAAGCCACUACAACCCUGUCAUCUGAUAGUGUCCAACCCGCCGGUGCAUCAGGGUCAUGCUGAUGACCUGCGAGUUUUGAUUGAGCUGUUGGAACAAGCACCUCAUUGGUUGCUGAAAGAUGGCGAAAUGUGGCUUGUGACACAGGAGCACAUUCCCACAGGGCGCCUGUUCGAUAUGGCCACAGGAAGCCACUUGAAAUGCGAGAUUACCACCUAUGCCACAGAGGAUGGUCGUUUUGUCGUAUGGCGAGCAACAUACCAGCCGGCUUCCCGAAAGCGAAAGCUUGAGACCGACACGGAGUGGGAAAGCGCCACGGAAAGAAGCGAGUGCCUUCUUUUCUGGCGGGUUAGACCCGUGUGGGCUCAAGGGUCGGAGGCGCCCCCCGAGUAUGAGCUGUGGGUGGACUUCAGAGCGCAGCGAAAUGUCAAGUUAGGAGAAUUGGCAGCGACUUCACUGCUGCAGCCUCCGAAGGUCAAGGAAGACUUGCUCAACUUGGCGAAAGGCCUACAGCAAAAGUUCGACAGCAUCGGAGUUGAGCUUCCGAAGGGAAAGCUGAUAAGUGGUGUCAUGGUCGAUAAGCAAUUCGUGCAGGAGGCUCUCCAUCGGCAAGCAAUUCAAUUAGCUGCUGACGCCGACUCACUCGCUAUGGAGGCUGCCGAUGUAUCAACGUCGACUGACCACUGCCUGCAGAACUUGGAGGAGCUCGCGGAGCGUUUGAAGAAGAUUGUCCUUCAGGGAACAAACGGUACUGCUUCGGAUCGACAAUCCUUAGCCGCACAAGCUGGACAUUCUGCCCGAGUCUCCCAGCAUCCGAUCAGCCGAAUGGAUCACAGCUCCCGACGUGCUGUGUUGAUGGAGCGAAUAGCUCUCGCAGAGAAGCGUCGUGCAGCAGCAGAAGACGAAGCAAAGCUAGCAAGGCUUGAGACCAUGAACCGCCUUGCCGAGAUGCAUCGGAAUGACCACCGGAGGCUAGGAGAUGCUUCAGGUAGCAGCAUGUCCAGCUGGAAAGCAGAGUUCGAGGCCUUCCUUGGCAAGCAGCGGGCACAUGCUGACAAGCUAGCUAGAGAAACCCAGAACGAGACGACAACGAAGUUGGCAGAAUCGCUGGCAUCGGCUACAUCGGCUGUCGAAGCAAGCACCCCGGACGCACGCAAGUACAUGCAGACCCUGCUGAACUUGACACGGGCAUUGGCUGCUCUUGAGGCCGUCCGUGAGAUGCAGGUCCCAGUGUACACUGCCAGCAAGGAGGUGGAGGGCGAGCGCUUGGAAGGAAAUGCCUUUUUCGUCUGCAGCGCUGAAGACGGCAUGCCGAUUGCAUGCCUGGCCCCACAGCAGAUCCGACUCUCCAGCCAGCAACCGCAUGCUGCAGAGGAGGUGUGGGGUUUCGCCGAGGAGUCUAUGUCGAAGGCGGAACGAGAACAGAAAGAGGCGGAAGAGAUGAAACAGUACGAAGCAGGUUUGAAGGACCCCAGCAAGUACGUGAUGCCCCCCCGCAAGAGAAUGCGCGAACUUCUCGGUCUCCCACCGGAAAAGAAAACAGUGUCGAAGGGCCAGCUGCUCGCCAAGACCUUGCCUCCCGAUGCACUUCUUUGGGGUCGAGCUCUGAUGCAGAGAUUCAAAGAGAAGGGAGGCUCCGUGUCCUACAACUUGAAGGUGGACCGAGAAAGGAAGGCAGCUUGCACAAGAGUCAGGCAUUGA